GCUCGUGGCGGAAAUAUUCUGAGUCACAGAAGUGUCGCACAGGAAAAUAUUAUUGUGAAUGUUUUUCAGUGAUUUUCCUCGUGAUUUCCUUAGACAACCAUGUCAGGUUUUAGUGGGGCGCUGCAGCUGACGGAUUUGGAUGAUUUUAUCACACCAUCUCAGGAAUGCAUAAAACCGGUGCAAAUUGAGACCAAGAAGAGCCAAACAGGGUCCAAGAUCACAAUUCAAGAGGAUGGAGGAUAUUACGUGGAUUCUGGGGUGGGCCUGCAGAAGCUCCAGAAGGUGGAAAUCACACUCGCAGAUUGCCUCGCCUGCUCUGGAUGCAUCACCUCUGCCGAGAGUGUCCUGAUAACACAGCAGAGCCAGGAAGAACUGUUGCGAGUUCUCAGUGAGAACGAGGUGAAGAGAAAGUCCGGAGAAGACGUCAAACUUAUAGUCUUCACAGUGUCUCAGCAACCAAUCCUGUCCCUCGCGAAGAAGUACGGUCUGUCUGUGAAGGACUGUGCAGCCAGGCUGGCGGGAUACUUCAAGAGUCUGGGCGGAGAUGUUGUUCUCAGCACUACAAUCGCCGAUGAUCUGUCGUUGAUUGAGUGCAGAGAUGAGUUCCUGGCCAGAUAUCUGGCAGAGCGAAGCGGGGAGAAGCAGAAGAACCUCCCGAUGCUGUCCUCGUCCUGUCCAGGAUGGGUGUGCUACGCUGAGAAGACGCACGGCAGCUUCAUCCUGCCUUACAUCUCCAGCACAAGAUCCCCGCAGCAGAUCAUGGGAGUGCUGGUGAAAGAGGGCCUGUCGGAGAAGACACAGAUGCCCAGGGACAGAAUCUACCACGUGACUGUGAUGCCGUGCUAUGACAAGAAGCUGGAGGCUUCCAGAGAGGACUUCUUCGAUGAGGUUUCCCAGUCUAGAGACGUGGAUUGCGUGAUAACGUCGAUAGAGAUCGAGCAAAUGCUGCAAAAGGAAGCGAAAUCACUCAGUGACUUUGACGGACAGUCUUUCGACUGGCCAUGGCCAAUUGCCGAGCGUCAGGAUCAGAUCUUUGCCAAUGAAGCCUCAGGAUCUGGAGGAUUCUGCGAGCACAUCUUCAAGUACGCCGUGAAACAGCUCUUCAAUGAGUCCAUCGAGAAGCUGGAGUUCAAGAGCUUGAGAAAUCCCGACUUCCGGGAGAUCACAUUUGAGCACGGCGGAGAAAGUCUGCGCUUCGCCAUUGCCAAUGGCUUCCGGAACAUUCAGAAUCUUGUGCAGAAGCUCAAGAGGGGCAAAUCCACGUAUCAUUUCGUUGAGAUCAUGGCCUGUCCCUCAGGAUGUCUCAAUGGGGGCGCCCAAGUGAGGCCCGAACAGGGCGUCUCGACGCGAGAACUCUGCGGCAGCCUCGAGAAGCUGUACAGCGAAUUGCCACAAUCGAAUCCCGAUGACUUUGACGGGCAGAAGAGGAUUUACAGCACCUUUUUCGGCGGCUAUCAGAGCGACAAGGCGGCGGCGAAGCUGCACACAAAAUACCAUGCAGUGGAGAAGAUGAGCACGGCUCUAAACAUAAAGUGGUAGUGAAACCAAAAGUAAUAAAAGACGGUGCGAAAUGCACAGGAACAGGUUCUUUUGGCGAUGCUGAAAGGAGAUCUUUUAUGGUAAUUAUUUCGGGUUGAUGAUCUCGCGUGUUUUUCGGUUGAUAUGCAAAAGAAUGGACAGAAUAGAGGAGAGUGAGCGACAGAGAUCGU